UAGGUUAAAUGGAGCAGUAGUGCCAUCGUGGCGCGCAGCAGCAGCAGCGGGCUGAGCUCAGAGAGGAGGAGAGAUCAGAGUCACACUGCCAUCACUCUCCGCUGGCAAAUCAGACUGCACACCACACAGAAGUGUUACACAACAAAGGAUGUCCGCAAAAUAAAGCGUCGGGACCGAGUGGAACAGCCGACGACCUCCAAGGACUGGGUUUCCUGCGGAGGAGCGCGCACGAGAUGAGCGCCGUCACUUUAUUUUGUGCCAAGUUGGAAACGCGCAGAAGACACGUGGAAUUUGUGUAAGUGUAAAUGAAUUUAUGUUUAGCAGUGCGUUCUCGUUCUCGUUUGGAUUUGGAACAGUUCUUUGCAAUCCAAACCGAGACAACCGCGGCGGCGCGGCGCAGAGCGCACACUCCAGACUGAGGACACAAGCUGCGCCUCUGCCUGGUGAAGACGCGGAUCUCCACAUAAACAUCACACUGACAGCUGAAUUUAGAAUGUCUGCUGCUGCUGCUGCCACUGAACGGAUUCAUGGACAAGUCAUAUUUUUUGGGCAGCUGCUGGAGAGAUUUUUUUGAAAUAUUUAUAGCAGUUCUUGUGGAAGGAUGAUAGCUGUGACGAGGAGGCUAUGGAUGACCCAGCCUGUGGGGGAGCUGGUGCCAAGACAACCCACUUCCCCACCAGCUAAACAGUCCGUCUGAACCCUGCUCCAGAGAGGCCGCAGCAGCUGCAGGCUGGGGAUGUGAUGGGGUGACUCUUCUCAGCCGCCCCCCUCCCCCCUCCCUCUCUCUUUCUCUCUCAGCUCAUUCUGUGGUGUAAUCUAAACAAUGGAUCAGAAUUUCUCCACAGUACGAGAUGGCAAGCAGCUGCUUCAAGUGAGGGACUCGUCCAAACGUGUGCUGACAGGAUGCUUCCUCUCUCUCCUCAUCUUCACCACGCUGCUGGGCAACACGCUCGUGUGUGCCGCUGUCACUAAGUUCCGACACCUGCGGUCGAAGGUCACCAAUUUUUUUGUCAUCUCCCUGGCCAUCUCUGACCUCCUGGUGGCGAUCUUGGUGAUGCCGUGGAAGGCGGCGACAGAGAUUGUGGGGUUUUGGCCAUUUGGUGCAUUCUGCAAUAUUUGGGUUGCAUUUGACAUCAUGUGUUCCACAGCUUCUAUCUUGAACCUGUGUGUGAUUAGCGUCGAUCGUUACUGGGCCAUCUCCAGCCCUUUCCGUUAUGAACGGAAGAUGACUCCAAAAGUGGCAUGUCUGAUGAUCAGCAUGGCAUGGACCCUGUCCGUUCUCAUCUCCUUCAUCCCCGUGCAGCUUAACUGGCACAAAGCUCAGACUACUAGUUAUGCAGAGCUAAAUGGAACAUACCCCGGUGACCUGCCACCUGACAACUGUGACUCCAGCCUCAACAGGACAUAUGCCAUCUCCUCUUCCCUCAUCAGCUUCUACAUCCCUGUGGCUAUUAUGAUCGUCACCUACACCCGGAUAUACCGCAUUGCCCAGAAACAGAUACGGCGAAUAUCUGCCCUGGAGCGGGCAGCUGAGAGUGCCAAAAACCGCCACAGCAGCAUGGGUUCAAACAUCGAGAGCGAGAGCUCCUUCAAAAUGUCAUUCAAACGUGAAACCAAAGUCUUAAAAACGCUCUCAGUCAUCAUGGGAGUGUUUGUGUGCUGCUGGUUACCCUUCUUUAUCCUUAACUGCAUGGUUCCUUUCUGUGAGACAAAUGGCACCGCCAACUUGCCCUGCAUCAGCCCCACCACCUUCGACGUGUUCGUGUGGUUCGGCUGGGCAAACUCCUCGCUCAACCCCAUCAUCUAUGCCUUCAAUGCCGACUUCCGCAAGGCCUUCUCCAUCCUCCUUGGCUGCCACCGGCUCUGCCCCGGGAGCAAUGCCAUUGAGAUCGUGAGCAUCAACAACAACAUGGGAGCACCGACCUGCAAGGCCAACACUCAGUAUCAGCCCAAACGUCACAUCCCGAAGGAGGGCAGCCACUCGGCCAGCUACAUCAUUCCUCACAGCAUCCUGUGUCAGGAGGAGGAGUUACACAGGAAGGAUGCGUGCGCUGGGGAGGUUGAGGUGGGGAUGUGCAACAGCACCUUGGAGAAACUCUCCCCAGCCAUCUCUGGGAAUUUAGACAGCGAUACUGAGGUGACGCUGGAAAAGAUCAAUCCCAUAACACAGAAUGGACAGCAUAAAGCUGUGUUGUGUUGAGAAAACAUGGAUCAGAGGUGUGCAAGAAGUGUACAGAUGCCAGUGACUGACCUAAGGAUGUGACUGCCAUGGAAAAUCUACAUGGAACAACCAGGAGAAUGUUUUAAAGUAAAUGCACUUUAUUGUAGAUAUAAUCUGCAAAAUACCAUCAACAUUUAUUUAUCACACUGACCGAAUUGAUGAUAAAUGUUGAUUUAAAAUAACGUGAAUAUAUAAGCAGAACACUGAAGUGUGCAGAUGUAUACAUGUUUUAUAUUAGCAAAUAUGUAUACAUCCACAUUUUCUGCUGUAUAGUACUGACAUUGUCCUAGAAAGGCUUCAACACAGUAUAUACAAGGGAGAAAGUUGUAGUGCUUCUUAGCAAAAUGUCUUGUAGGUGCUUUAUAUGUGUUUCCUGCUCUUGGAAGACAAAAAUGUGGGUAAACUGGUUUUGUUGCAGUAUAGAUAAAUGUUGAUUGCCGUCACUUUUUCUUCAAAAGUUAAUUAUUAGGGGUGCGCAGCUCUGCCAUUAUAAAAUGGUUUGAUAUGUGUCAAGAUACGUGGGCUAUCAUACGAUUCAGGAAUGAUAUUUGUCAUUAUGGAACAAUAUGAUUUAAUGUGAUUCGAUUUAGUACAAUACAGAGCAAUGUGAUGCAAUUCAUUGUUUAAUGUAGACAUUCAAUUUCCAUGAUAAAUUAAAAUAUGCUAAAAGUGGCUUUGCUUACCUUCAAAUACAUAUUUCAUGA